GAGCGCGAGAAACAUUCUUGUACACAGGUUGAAGGGAAUGUGGGGCGGUGGGCAAACAAAAAUCGAUUGCAACAGCAAAUCGACUUCAGGAAGCGCCUUAUAAUAAGGCACACGAAUCCGCGACGACAACGAGAACGUGGACAACGCACUCGGCAUCGCGCAAAGCUAAGGCACAAAAAAGCAAGCAGAAGGCAGCAGCAGCGGCAACGACGACGACGGGGGCAGAGGCAGAGGGAGAGGGACAGUGGCACUUGAAUUGACUUUGGGCUCAUCCCUCCCCAUCAUCAUCCACCCGCUAACGCGGCGCCCUACGUAGCCUUAAAAUGAUUACAGGCUAACGCCAAAAAGAGGAAGAAGCUAAAGGCAAACGCAGAAGAAGAAGCACAAGCUAAAGCUGAAGAAGAAGCAGAAACAGCAGCAACAGCAGUAGCAACGAAGCCAGUAGCAAUAGCAGCAGCGCGGCGUGCAGCAGGCAGGAAAAAAUUGCCAGAUAAAUAAUAUCAAUUAUUAAUAACAUAAAAAAGGUAGAAAAAAAAAACCUGGCAAAAUUAGUAAUCAAUUGUGUAGUUUAAUUGAGAGCGAAACAAAUUGUGUGCAGGAGGAGCAACGAAAAGUGUCGCUGUGUGCGUGUGCGUGUGUUGUGCAUGUAUGUGCGUGUGCCUGACCGUGUGUGUGUGAGUGCGAAUGUAUUGAGCGCUAUUGCUGCUGCGCUUUUUUUCUGCAAGCGAAAAAAUUGUGAUAACGCGAGACGCAGCGAAAAGCGCAAAACGACAACUCCGCCGCAGCCCCCCGCCACCAACAUCAGCCCCCCUGCCCACUGCUGUGCAGCAAGUAAAGCGGCAAAAGCGAACGAAGAAACAAAAUGGAGCUGGAUAAAUGACACAACACAAUUUGGAAAUAAAACACACUCAAGUGCGAGGCGACUGAGAGGACUGUGAGUGCGUGCGUGCGAGCGAGCGAGAGGGCGAGAUACGAGCGCUGCAACUUUUGCCAGCAUACAUACAAACACACACACACACACACAUACGCAUACGCAUACACCCACGCAAAGGAGCAGGCAGUGACGGCGACUGCGACGACGAAGGAUAAAACGGUGCUGAGAGCGGAGCCGGCAGCGGGCAGCAGGCAGCGACGUCGACAGCGGGCAGCGACUGCGACAGCGUUUAUAAAUAGCUCGCAGUGCGGCGGAGCAGCGAAGCGAGUGUCCAGCGUGUUGGGUGAACAAUGGUAACAAUGAACUCGGAAGCGGACAAAACACAGAGCAGCACGCAAGCAACCAAUGCGCUGGCUAUGAGCAGCGCGCCCAAAUCGCCACCAGCGACAGCAACAGAAGCUGCAGGUGCAACUACAGCAACAACACCAAUAGUGGCAGCUGUAACAAUAACAACAACAGCAGCGGACAACAGCAGCCCAGCGUCACCAGCAGCAGCAGCAGCAACUGCAGCAGACACAACAGCAGCGACGCCAGCAGCGCUGGCCAAUGGCAACAGCAAUGUGGGAAGUGCAAGCGACGCAGCAGCGGAGACUGCAUCGCUGCACACUGUCAAUGUCAAUGGCGGCAGCAGCAGCAGCAACAGCGAAUUGAAUGCCGUCACAACAGCAGCAACAACAACAACGGCAACAGCUGCUGCAGCAACGACAGCAUCAACAACAACAACUAGCAGCAGCAGCAGCGCAGUCAUCACAACAAUAACCAGCGCUAGUCCGACGACAACUGAAAGCAGCGGCAGCAACUGCACCACAACCAUUGCAGCCGUAACGCCGCAGCUGUCGGGCAGAAGCGUCAGCAUACGCGAUGCAACAGCGCCGAGUGGCAGCGGCAGCGGUAGUGGAAGUGGCAGCGGAUCGGCAGCAGCAGCGGCGUCGGCGUCGGCAGCAUCGUCAUCAGCAGCGCCAGCUAAAACAUCAUCAAGUGCUUUGCUCAGUGUGGGCAGCAAUCAUCAUCAUCAUCACCAUCAUUCCUCGCAGUCACAGUCAACGUCUCAGUCGCAGUCGCAGCAGCCGGCGCCAGUGCAGUCGGCGUCGCAGCAGACGCAUCAUCAGCAGCGCGGCAGCAAAAACGAAGAUGCCCCCAACAUUCUUGUCUACAAAAAGAUGGAAGCAAUCAUCGAGAAGAUGCAGGCUGAGUCGAGCGGAGUCGCUGUGCGCACUGUGAAGGCGUUUAUGAGCAAAGUGCCAUCGGUGUUUACGGGCGCCGAUUUGGUUGCCUGGAUACUGAAGAACUUUGAUGUGGAGGAUGUGACCGAGGCGCUGCAUUUUGCCCAUCUGCUUAGCUCCCAUGGCUACAUAUUUCCCAUCGAUGAUCAUGCGCUGACCGUUAAAAACGAUGGCACAUUUUACAGAUUUCAGACACCAUACUUUUGGCCAUCGAACUGCUGGGAGCCGGAGAACACGGAUUAUGCGGUGUACCUGUGCAAGCGAACGAUGCAGAAUAAAACGCGUCUCGAGCUGGCCGACUACGAGGCCGAGAAUCUGGCCAAGCUGCAGAAGAUGUUUUCACGCAAAUGGGAAUUCAUAUUCAUGCAGGCCGAGUCACAGAGCAAGGUGGCCAAGAAGCGGGACAAACUGGAGCGCAAGGUGCUGGACUCGCAGGAGCGGGCCUUUUGGGAUGUGCAUCGACCGAUGCCGGGCUGCGUAAAUACCACCGAAAUAGAUAUCAAGAAGGCGUAUCGACGCGGCGGCUCUAGUCACGGCACUGGCUCCGCUGGCGCCUCCGUGUCCAAGAAUCCCGUCGAGCAACUUACCCGCAUCAUUGCCCUGCGCAAGCAGAAGCUCGAGCGGCGUACAAUCAAAGUGUCCAAGGCGGCCGAAGCUUUGGUCGCCUACUACGAUCAGUACAAUGAGUUUGAUUACUUUAUAACCUCGCCGGAGCUGCCCAAUCCCUGGCAAACGGACAGCACCGAGAUGUGGGAUACCGAAAAGAAUAGCAAAGAAGUUCCUGUUCGUCGCGUCAAGCGAUGGGCAUUUAGUUUGCGUGAGCUGCUCAACGAUGCCAUUGGACGUGAUCAGUUUACCAAAUUCUUGGAAAAGGAAUACAGCGGCGAGAAUCUAAAAUUCUGGGAAUCGGUGCAGGAGAUGAAAGCGCUGCCACAGUCUGAAAUUAAGGAAGCCAUUCAGAAGAUCUGGCAAGAGUUUCUCGCUCCAGAUGCACCGUGUCCGGUGAACGUUGACUCCAAGUCGGUGGAAUUGGCACGCGAGGCGGUCAAUUCGCCAAGCGGACCUAAUCGCUGGUGCUUCGAUGUGGCCGCCUCGCAUGUGUAUCACCUGAUGAAGAGCGAUUCGUAUUCGCGUUAUCUACGCUCCGAAAUGUACAAGGAUUAUCUCAACUGUUCGCGCAAAAAGAUCAAGUCCAUACCCAAUUUGUUUGGGGUGAAACGUUGAGAUACGUUGCGCCAUUUGCCGGUCGCUGCUCUCGGCUCCGGUUGAGGAUUUGAGGAUUGAGGAUUGCGGAUUAAGGCAGACUUCACACACAUAUGGGGAGGAGAUCGAGAUCGAACAGUCAGAAAAUUGAGUGUGUGUUCGAUGUGUUUAACGUUGUUAACUUAUUAUUAUAUAUGCAUACUACCGUAACUUGCCUAUUUGCCCAUUGCCAUUAGGUCGCGUGUGUGUUCUGAACGUCAUUUUGUUUAUUGUUUUGUGUUUUAGUUUUUAUCGUUAACCUUAUGUGCCCAGCGCAACGAAGCGCACAAACCUUCUGUCCUUGACUCCAACGUUUUUCCCCCCAUAUUACACGAAGCGAAGAACUCUUUUUUCCAACUAACUAACUCAAAACGUAACGAAAACACCACUGAAAAAAAGUAUAUAACAAAAAGCUAUAUAUAUAUAUAUUAAAUAUUUAAAGAAACCAAAACAAAAAUUAAAUUAAAAACAACUGCCAAGUGCUUCUCGACAUGGAAUGCAAUCAGAAACGGAAGCACAAAUGCACAAACUGGAAGUGGAAGUGGAAGUGAAAACGAAAAGGAUGUGUAGCAAAAAGGAUGCAGCUGAGAUGAUGAAUCGAUAACAAAAAAAAAAAAAAAACAAAGCAGAAAAAAUGUUACAAAAGCCAUACCAUGCAAUUGUCAAAAUGCAACCGAAAACACCAAAACAACAAACGUAUAUGAAAUAAUCACUUACUUAGGUAAUUAGCAUAAAUAUGAUAGUAAAAAAAAACGAUUAACAAACAAAAUUAACCACAACAAGCAACUGUCAAAGCAAGCAGCAAGCAACUUAGCAAAUUAACUAACGAGUACUUACUAUAUAAUUGUAUUAGCCAUGUUACAACAACUAACAAAACAAAACAAAAGAAGAAAACCAAACAAAUGAAGACAAAGAAGGAAACAAACGAACAAUCGAAUCAGACAAAAUCGAAAGCUGACAUUCAUAUUCUCUCACACGUUAUUCGUUAUACACAGUUAACCGUUAACUCGUUACUCGCUAUAUCGCAACUCGUCACUCGUCGUCAUUUGUUCCCGUUUCACACUCGCUUACUUCUUAUUAUUCCUCAUAAUAUGACGCUUAUUACAAUAUUUUAUACUUUUGUUAUAACAUUUUUCUACCACACACACACACACACAUUCACAUAUCGCUAAACGCAACAAAGAUAAACUUGAAAUUCUUAAACUUAAAAAGCUAUGAAAUAUUUUCAAAUUUUGUUGUGUCUUUGUCUAUAUAUGUAUAACUAAAUAUAUUUAUAUAUAUACAUUAUACAAGUAUUAUAAACUGUUGCUGACAAGUUGCACGCUUUGUUGAGAUCAGAAAGCGGCAUUCAGACACAGAUUAAAUGCUAAAGAGAGAGAGAGAGAUAGGGAGACGGCGAAUGAGGGUAAUAUAUAGAAAGAGAGGAGGUUGAAAGAGUUAACUGAACUAUAGACAAUAGAGGACAGGGAAAAUGUUAGAAUGACGACGAAACACAAAAAAUUUCAAAUUUUUCGAGAAAAUCGUCAAAAGAGAGCUUUACCAUGACGUAACACAGACAAAAAAAGAGAGCAACAGCUAUGCAGAAGAACAGAGAGAAAGAGAAAGAGAGAGUAGCGGAGCUAUUCAGAAUGUGUCAGGGCAAUCAAUCAAUUCGCUCGUACUGACAAAACAUUUUAAGAGAAAAGAGAGAGAGAGAGAGAGACGUAGUUAAAGUUGCAUCAUGAAUCUGAAGUGCGGCUUCUGAGCUCGACAAAUGCGACAGCUGUUGACUACGCUUAAUAUAAAACAAGGGCUAAGAAAUAUGAAAUACGACAAGAUACGCACACACAUGCAUAACAUGUAUUUAUGCAUACGUAUACAUAUAUACAACUACAACUACAACUACAACAAAAUGCAAAAAUACAUUUGCAUCGCCGAAUAUCUCUCAAUUGUUGUCGAGGCGAAAUCGGUUUAGGAACUAGUUACAACAACAUAUAUACAUUUAGUUUAUUCGUAAGCCAGCUAAGACGUACUAGUAUACGUACACUCACACACACACACACUCCCACACAUAUGUGCACAACUCUUUCACACAUGACGCGAUCAAAGAAAAAAGUGUUGCCUGCUUUUAGGCUGCGAUCAAAGAAAACCAAAGAAAUAAGCAAAAAUAAAAUUAAAUCUCUUUGUAUGUAAUUGUAUUGUACUUAUUGUAUGUUUGUAAUUGUAAAUGGUGUCUAAUUUUAAAAACGUAUACAAAAAGGAAAACCGAACAAAACAUAAUUAUUAAAUAUUAACAUAAAUAUUGUAUUCAAAAAUACAAUCUCAAUGUAGCAAAGAAGCAACCGCAUGUUGGUAGUCAAAUUUAAAUCGUAUUUUCAUGCGAAUGGAAUGCAAUGAAAACAAAUCAAAAACAAACAAAUAACAAUACAAAGGCAAAAUGCAGUGCGAAUAAUGAAUGAAAGAUGCAACACUAAAAAUGCCAAGAUAGAGCAGAAACUAGAGCAACUUUCAACUGUUGAAUUGGCUAAUUCAUUGUUAAUGUUAUGCUAAUUUCGAUUCUCAAAAUAUUGUUAAACUAUUUUCAACUAAUUUUGUUGUCGUUUCCUUUAUUGCCCACCGUUCAGUGUAAAAGAGAUGGAAAGAGAAAUCUUAUAAAAAAAUAUACAAAACUGAAACAAAAAAAACAAACAACAAGAAAAUGAAGAUAAACUAUAUAUGAAGAGUAAUAAACAUAAACAA